CCCAACGCGGACCACGCGCACUUGUCCACUUGCAACCCUAGCCUGCGGCCGGACAUGAGUAGUACUAUAUCUUUCCCGUCAACCAGCGAGCCGCGUCGUCAAUCUCGCUCUCCAGCCAGAUCCAUUCCAUCCAGGACUUCAACAGUUCUUCAGUCGAUCCAGGACUUUAGCAGUUCUUCGAUUGAUCAUCAGGUGCGACGACAAGGGAGUUUACACUCGAGUUGUUGAGACAAAUUACAGAUAAUUUUUCUGAGAAGCACGAAAUUGGUCGUGGUGGGUUCGGAAUAGUCUACAAGGGAGUACUGGAUGAUGGGGAAGAGAUUGCUAUCAAAAAGCUUCACUGCGUGCCGGGGCUUGAUGACACACAAUUUAGGAAUGAGUUUAAUAACCUUAUGACAGCCCAACAUCCAAAUAUUACCCGGUUGAUCGGCUACUGUUAUUAUCUAGGACAUCAACGCAUUAAGUACAAUGAUGAAUAUGUUUUUGCCCAUGUGGUAGAAAAAUGUCUGUGCUUUGAAUACUUGAAGAGUGGAAGCCUUGACAAGCAUAUUUCUGAUGAAUCAUGCGGACUAGAUUGGCACACACGCUUCAAAAUUAUUAAGGGAGUUAGUGAGGGCUUAAAUUACCUUCAUAAUGGAUGCAAAGAUUCUAUUUACCAUCUUGACUUGAAACCUGGAAAUAUAUUGCUGGACAAGAACAUGGUCCCAAAAAUUGGAGAUUUUGGUCUGUCAAGACUUUUCCAAUCAGAAAAAACCCAUAUCACAAGCAAAUUUGUGGGAACAGUUGGAUACAUGCCACCAGAAUACAUCAAUAGAGGCGCAAUCACAACGAAGUUUGACAUAUUCAGUUUGGGUGUUAUAAUCGUUCGGAUAGUGGCAGGUCAUGAGGGCUAUUCCAGAUGUGAACAAAUGUCCCCUCAAGAAUUUAUUGAGCAUGUACAUGAAAACUGGAGAAAACGGCUGCAGGAAACAAUGUCAUCGUACACAUCAGAGCAAGUUAAAACAUGCAUUGAAAUAGCUUUAAGGUGUGUGGAGUUUGACCGAGAGAAAAGGCCUACCAUAGCGGAUAUUGUGGAUGAAUUGAAUAAGAUUGAGGAUGCUGGAAGUUCAGCUAUAGGCAAGAUCUCAGAAGAAACUGAGCACUCCCCGGAAAAACAACUUGCGAUUGAAGAACAAAAAAUAGAGUGUACAAAAGAGCAUACCAGCAGAUACGCGAGAACAAAUCGCAUUUCCACUCUCGUGAAGUAUCAUGCAGCAGAGUCAAUUGGUUUCGUAAUUGGUGCCAUGGUCUCCCUCUCUCUGACCCCCAAGCUGGUCGAGCUCCCCAGCGACAAGUACAACUUGCAUGUAAACUGCAAGAAAGAGGUAGAGUACCUCUACAAAGAGUUGGUGCGCAUGCAAGCUGGCCGGCACGACCUGGCCGAGGUGUCGCGAGACCAGCUGGAUGAGGUCGUGAAGCUCUGGGCCGAGGAAGUAAAGGACCUCUUAUAUCAAGAGGAGAACACCGUUGACCUGGAUGAGGUGCCGCGGGACCAGCUGAAUGAUGUUGUUAAGCUCUGGGCCGAGGAAGUAAAGGACCUCUCAUAUCAAGAGGAGAAUACCAUUGACCUUGAUGAGGUGCAGCGGGACCAGCUGAAUGGUGUUGGUAAGCUCUGGGCGAAGGAAGUAAAGGACCUCUCAUAUCAAGAGGAGAAUACCGUUGACCUGAACGAGGUGCCACGGGACCAGCUGCAUGGUGUUGUUAAGCUCUGGGCCGAGGAAGUAAAGGGCCUAUCAUAUCAGGAGGAGAAUACCGUUGACCUGGCCGAGGUGCCGCAGGGCCAGCUGGAUCAGGGGGAGAAUACCGUUGAUUCCUUUAUGGUGUGCUCACCUCGCAAGUCUCUGUCACGCCUGUGAUGGUGGGUAGCACCUCCACAACUCUUUUUUUAGACAAAGCAUCUCAACAACUACUACAGCCUCUACAUGACUCAAGGCUGGCCCAUCGUGAGCAGCCCGUGGGCCAGCGCAGCUACGGAGGAGUCCCCACGUUCGGACAAAAAUGUUAAAAUCGAAGAUAUAUUAAAAAACACUGUUUGAUGAAUAGUAUGGUCUCAAUUGUGUUUUCUUCACUAAGAAUACCACGGGUGUCAAUACUUCAUGAAACUUCACACGUGAAUAGAAUGUUCGAGCAGGUUUGAUAACCCGAUUUUUUUGAAUUUGUAAGAAAAUUCUUGUAUUUUUUGGAAUUUACUAUUAUUGUGAGUGCACAUGGAACCAUGUUCACCUUUGUAUUUU